AUGACACAGAAGGACUCCAGCACCGCUGCACAGUUGUCUCCGCGCCUGAAGGAAAUACUCGCUUCGCACACAGGGCCAGCACAAGAUGUUUCAUCUCUGAAAAAGACGAGCCAUGUCCUUUCGUAUACCCUCGAGGAUGCGAAGGAAAAGAAGGUCGAAGGAGGCUGGUUGGUCCUCAUGACCUGCGCACUCGCCACAGCAAACUCGACCACGAUUACUGUAGGUCAUCUCUACCGUAUGGCGACUCGGCAAGACCCGGAGGACGCAGCAACGCGCCACAGUCUUGCAGAUGCCGUCCACAAGGCUGCUCUCAUGCGCGAAGCUAUAUUAAAGGCCACGCUCAUCAUUGGCGUACCACGUACAAUCCUGGCGAUGGCUAGGCUGCACGAAGCGCUGGAAGAAGACGUCAAGGACAAUCUUCGCAAAAGUGAACUCAGAAAGUUCACGCCAGAGAACGUCAACGAGUUUAAAGCGCGCGGGAACGCGCUCGCAGACUCCAUCUAUGGUCCUCAAUCGGAUGGCAUGCGAGCAAAGCUGCGUUCAUAUCACCCAGAUUUCACUGAAGCGGUAACACAGAUCUAUGCCGCCGUCUUCGCCUCGUUCCCCGAAGAAGCAGCCGUACAAGGAAACCUGAGCCGCGCGCUGAACUCCGUAGUCGCCAUCGCGUGCCUCCGCACCGAGGGAUCCGGAGUCGGGGAGCUGCUCAACGGCCAUGCCCUCGGGCUGCUCAGAGCCCGAGAUGAACCUGGGCUACCAACCGAGGACUGCUGGCUGGCGAGCGAGGAGGGCCUCGAGUGGGUGCUCGCGACCGUGGACAUGCUCCUCGAUGUUCUCAGAUCGGGGGGCUCGGACUGA